CCAUUGAGGAGCCGCACAACCCACCGCCUCUAGAUGGGUUCGGUCUUCAGGAGGUUCUGCUGCUGCUGCUGCGUCGCGGACGACGGCGACGAUGAUGAAAAGCAGCCUUUAGUACCCCCGGAUCCGUUGGAGUACUUCAACCAGGAGGUCCAGAAGCGCCGCGACGAGGAGACCAACCUGUGGAGUGAGCCGGGCGACCGCAGCCACUCGGAGAGACCAGACGACCGGGUGCUUUACAGCCUGCUGCAGGCCAGGAACAAGACCCGCAUGGGGUCCACGGGCUAUCGGCGACUAAGUGUUGACAUCGAGGCCAUGAGAGACACGCGGCGAGAAGUCCGAGACAAAUGGAAGAUAAUCCUGGAGAACUUGGGUUUCAUAGCUGAGGCGGACUCUCUGCUGGGAGUGUCUGCUGGAGCCUCGCUGGACGGCAUGCGUAACGCCCCAGCAGCACGCGAGCUGCUCCACACGCUCCACACCGAGACGUCCCUCUUCUACAGCCGAGAGCCCCCGCCGGAGAGAUAUCUGCUAAUCCUGGACCGCCUCCUGUAUCUCGAUGUGGCUGAAGAUUUCUUGGCGAAGGCGAAGCGCUUCUACCCUCCAAAGGAGGACUCGGACGAGGAGGCGCCGGGCCUCGCCAUAAACCUGCCGCUGCUGCUGGCCAGGGUGGAGGCCCUGAACGGGAGAGCCACUGAAGACGACGAAGAGAGCGAGAGAGACGAUUGAAACGCGAGCGGCGGAGCUUAAGAACCUACUUCUGCAGUAGUGAGGGACACGAGGCAGGGGGCAGUAGUCAUCCGCCCGGGAGUGCCAUUCUGUUUUCUCUGCUCCACACCUUGCAUAACGGGCCUUGCAGAUUUUCUGGUAAAUGUUACAUUUACAUCUUGUUUUUUUUUCGUUCACCACAGAGUUGUGUCAAGUUCUGAGUCUGUUCAUUGUUCAGCUGUUGUGAACCUUCAGGGUAUCGAUGUUCCUUGGAGAUUAUAUCAUUCAAUCAUAUGAUCUGAAUAAAUAGUCCAGCAUGUUAGAUUCUUUCUCGUAAGAAUGUGUGAUUCUAUAAAAGAUGCUUUGAACCAUGUAAAGUCGAAAAUGUAGCUUUAUACAUAUAAAAAAUAGUCGAUGGAAAUACGACGUAACUCUUAAAUCAGUGGUGCAUGUGACUGAGGGACUUUCAGGUGAAGUGUGACGGGUGUCUUUUCCUCUAAAGGAAUUUACUGAAAAUGUGAACGAUUUCUAAGCUCAUGUAGACGUUUGUGGAUUUGUUCUGGUGUCCCAACAUGUGAUGAAAUAAAGUUCCAGUCCGAAGCCUG